UUACUAUAUUUAAAAAAAUCAAUUAGACAAGGUGUAUACAUAGUUUAUCAUUGUAUCGUAGUUAUGCAAGCAAAGAAACAAUUUAUACUUUUAUCUGUGUUUGAUUAAAAUUCCUAAAAAUACUUAUUAGUGGAAACCAUCAACAUUUAAAAGAAAAGUCAACAAUCUUGGCAGGGUUUUUUGUCAAUUUUGUGCUAAAUGUUCGCAUGUUUGUCCAAAUUUGUUUCAAAGUUUUGUGCCAAACCCGAGUUUGACCUAAAUCAAAUUUAGGUUGGUGAUUAAGUUUAUAUAGAAAACCGAUUAGUUGACUGCUACUUAAAUAUUUUCAAUGUGGAUUUACUUAUCUGGGCAAUUAAAAUCAAAUGAAUCUAAAAGUUCUAAUAGUUUGUCAUCAAAAACAUUACCUGCUAAACAAGAAAAUGAAAAUAUUGUAGAAACAGACAUUGGAGAUCUCAUAAAAGGAUGUUGUGGCAAGCUUAAGGUAAAGGUUUUAAAUGGUCGCAAGUUAGUCAACAAAGAGACACUGCAAACAAGUGAUCCUUAUUGUGCUGUAGAGAUAGGUGGAAAGCAACAAAAAACAAAACAUCUUAAUAAUACUUUAAAUCCAGACUGGAAUGAGGUUUUUAUAUUUGAUGUUCCAUUUGGUCAUAAUACACUAUUGAUAUCAGUAUGGGAUAAAAACAAGCUAAAGAAAGAUGUUUUUAUGGGGCAUGGUUUUGUUUCUAUUGAUGAUUGUAUAAAAAAUCAAGAAACACAAAAGAAUGUUGAUUUGUUUGGCAAUGGAAUGAUUAGUCUAAUUAUUACUCCUGAUUUUGAGACAAGAGAUUCUAAGAUCUCAAAAAUAAGUAAAGAGAUGUUUAAGGCUCAAGCCGAAUGUAGAAGAAACCAAAAUGAUAUAACUGUUUUAAAAAAUCAACUUGAUAUGAUAUCAGCUGAAAAUGAAAAAUUUUCAGAAAACAAUAAAAAGUUAGAAUCGGAAAAUAAAAAGUUUGAAGAAAACAAUACACGUUUAAACGAAUCUGUUACUCAAUUAGAAUUAAAAAACAAAAAGUUUGAGGAGAACAAUAGAAAGUUAGAAGAGUCACUUAUGAUGCUGGAAGUAGAAAAUAAAGUGUUUGAAGAAAACAAUAAAAAGUUAGUAGAAUCUCUUAUGAAACUCGAAUCCGAAAAUAUAGAAUUUGAAAAAAGUAAUGAAAAAUUAAAAGAAUCUCUCGUGAAACUGGAAUCUGAAAAUGAAGAAUUUGAAAAAAGUAAUGCAAAAUUAAAAGAAUCUCUUAUCAAGCUAGAUGCUGAAAAUAAAGAAUUUGAAAAAAGCAAUCAAAUUUUGUCUGGAGCUGUAACCAUGUUGGAAGAUGAAAAUAAAAAAAUGGAAAAGAAUAAUGUGAUGUUAGAGGCUUCAAUAGUAAAACUUGAAAAUGAGAACAAAAAACUUGAAGAAAAUAAUAGGAAACUAGAUGCAUCAGUUAAUAUUUUGGGUAGUGAAAAUAUGGAGCUUGAAAAAAAUAACAAAAACCUGAAAAUGCUAGUGGCCUCGCUAGAGGAAGAAAAUUUGAGGUUUGAAAAAAAUAUUAAUUUACUAGAAGAAAAGAAAAAACAGUUAGAAAGUUCUGUAAAAAAAAAUUGAAGAGGAAAAUACGAGAUUUAUGGAGAAUAAUAAAAUGCUAGAUGAAGAAAAUGAUCAUUUUAAAAAAAACAAUGAUAAAUUGUUAUUAGAAAUUCGUCAGCUCAAUGGGGAAAUUAAUGAGUUAGAAGAAGAAAAUAAUGAGUUUUUGAAAAACAAUGAAUGUCUGGAAAAUGAAAUUGCAA